CAGAAGAAGGGCAGCUGGCCUUGCCCAUGAUGAAGCCAGGCUUUGAGAAGAUGCCCCUGGGAGGACAGACCCUGCCUCCAGGCUUCCCUGCCCCCUUCCUCUUCGCCGACGGACUCAACUCUGUGGAGACUCUGCUCACCAACAUCCAGGCGGCGCAGGGCCUGCUGAAGGUAGCGGUGGACAAUGCCCGUGUGCAGGAGAAACAAGUCCAGCAGGAGAGGAAGGAGCUCAAGAUGGAACUCUACAGGGAGAGAGAGAUGAGAGAGAGCCUGGAGAGACAGCUCACCUCCGAACUGCACAGCCGAGCCACCAUCCAGAAGCGCCUGAAGAAGGAGAAGAAGGCUAAGAGGAAACUGCAGGAGGCUCUGGAGUUUGAGUCCAAGCGUCGUGAGCAGGUGGAGCAGGCCCUCAAAACGGCCACCUCCCCAGAGAACCUCUGCAUGAGUCUCAACGAGGCAGUGAUACCAGAGGUUGAGCCGGAGCGUAACGGCAGCCAACAGGAGAACUCGGCUGUACAGGAGAACAGACCCUACACCAAGCCUCCAAUAAUGUACUGAGAGAGACCUCCAGCUUCUCUAGACCUGGCCCAGGGCUGUCGCUGCAGGCUUCCCCAGAGACAGAGCCCUUGGCUGGGAGAGGACGAGUGGAGAAGAGGGAUGACUGGAGGGAGGAAUGGAUCCCCAAAACCAUCCCCUGAAACUCAUGUACAGGACUGCAGAGAGGGUGUGGUGGGGUGAGAGGCAACACUGGAGUGCUGCUUAUUGCUGCCCCAUCAUCCCACUUCAGCUACUUGUAAAAAAAAUCCCUCUAUUUUACUUGUUUUGACUACUUUUGUUCUACCCUCUUUGAGAGAAAAAAAGUAAGGACCAUUGAAAAUAAAACUGUCUUGGAUUUCUCUCUACUCCCUGUGAAGCACAUACAGAAGCCUAUCCUCCUUCUCUAUCCUAUUUCUCUCCAAGCCGAUUUUCCUCUCGUUAUUAUUAUUGUUAUUAAUUAUUCUCGCUCUUAUUAUUAUUCUCGUUAUUAGUUGUUGAUUCCUCCGAUGCCCCAAUAGCACAAGUCUUGCAGCGCAUAUAUAGGAUCAUAUCUUCCUAAAGCUCAAAAGUCUGAAGGAGGAUAUGAAAUGUCAAAUUCAAGACAAAAAUGUGCUUCUCUUCUUCUAUCCCCUGUUCAUCAUCAAGUUAAAGGGAGUCAAAUGGUUUCUGAAUUUCUACGCUUUUCCCCUCUUUUUGUCCGGGGUGGAUGGGGGAGGGGGGGGGGGGGUAUUGUUGAAAAAUGUCACUACUGUCUGUUGACUUAGAAAUGUGUCCGCUCCCUGAACUGCAUUGUUCCAGUGUUUAUUUUAAGUGUGUUUUACUCAAAGCUCAGUCUGGAUACAAAGAAAGAGAUAUUGAGUUCUAUCCUAUAGAGCCCUUCCUCCUGUAAAGGUUUCUCUGUUGCUGUGUUCAGUUCAAAGGUUCUAUUGCUGUUAUAAAUACAGUAUUACAGUAAGCCCUGUUCUGUUUAUCCCCCCUUCGUUUUUAGACAUGUAAAAAAAAAAUGCUUUAGCGUUUGCUAUUCUGACAUCGUAAUGAAGUGGAUACAUUUUUAGUGAGAAAAAAAAAACGAAAGUAAAAUGAAAUACCCCAAUGCACAUCCGAUGCAAGCAUGCAUGUAGAUACGACACUGGUAAAAAGUUACACUUGCUGGUUUAAAAAAGCUGCCAAUUUAAAUAUAUUUUUAAAGAAUUUUGGGAAUUUCAUUAUUACCAUGAUCACAACCAGGCAGCUAUCUAAAAUUGUUGACCUUGUUUUAAUGAUAAUAGUAUCACAUCACAGCCUUGCACAUAACACAAAAACAAUAAAACAUACUUCUGGACAUCGUGGUAGAUUUGUUUUUUGUUUUUCUGUUUGUUUUUUAGUAAUAAAGUUCUAGAUUCA